AUGACACGCGGCGGCCGGGGUGAAAGUGAGAAGAAGCACUCCCAGUCGGCCGCGGUCCCCACGGUCCUCGAAGUGGAGCUUUCUAGACCGUUGGGCACGGACCAUCGUCCGUCAACCAGAAUCCUUAGUCAUCAACCGCACCCUUCCGCACCCUCUCACCCCUCGACGCAACCUCCCCACGAUACCCGAGCCCCGGUGCUCACCCAAUCAUCCCUCAAGAUGGGUUUCACAAACAUGAUCAACGCGUGCUCGCACCUUCAGAAUGCCUCCCGCGCCCGCCUCGGCAUGACCUCCAUCGUAAACACCAAGCACAACCUCAACCUCGCCCUCGCCCUGCAGCGCGCAGGCUUCCUCUCCUCCCUCUACCGCGGUGGCCCCGCGCCCCCGACCCCGGAGCAAAUGUCCGAGCCCCCGGAACCCAUCACCACCGCCAACGUGGCCUCCCGCCGCCUCUGGGUCGGCCUCAAGUACUGGAACAACGAGCCCGUCCUCAAGGGUAUCAGCAUGGUCACUAAGCCGAAGCGACCCGUCAACAUCUCCAUCAAGGACCUCGAGCUCGUCGUCAGAGGGUUCCAAAGCAAGGACGGCCUGAUCAAGGGCAUGACGUUGGGCGAGUGCAUGUUCAUCUCCACCGACAGGGGCGUUUUGGAGGCGAGGGAGGCUUUGGCUAGGAAAGUGGGAGGAAUGGUCCUGUGUCGUGCAAGGUAA